AUGCGGAAGGUUGAGGCAGGUGGUUUGGAUCACAAUCGGUGCUAUCUACCACAUCAUCCUGUGGUGAAAGAGGCCAGCACAACGACGAAGCUGAGGGUCGUUUUCGACGCUUCAUGUGCGACAACAUCGGGACGGUCCCUAAAUGACGCUCUACUGGUAGGGCCCGUUAUUCAGCAGGAUUUAAGGGCAAUUGUCAUGCGUUGCCGAAUUCGACCGGUCAUGAUAGUGGCGGACAUCGAAAAGAUGUUUCGCCAGAUUUGGAUGGACCCCAGCGACUCACCACUCCAAAGCAUUCUUUGGAGAUCUACUCCUGAGCACGAGAUUGAAAUCUUCGAGCUUGGUACUGUAACGUACGGAACGAAACCGGCACCAUUCCUUGCCACGCGGGUGCUGAAACAACUUUGUUGUGACGAGGGUCGCAAUUUUCCAUUGGCAGCAGAGGCAAUCGAGAAUGACACAUACAUGGAUGAUGUCAUUUCCGGGGCUGAGGAUAUCCAAACGGCUAAGGCGAAGGUUAAUCAACUUAUUUCUAUGACGGCUAGAGGAGGUUUCAAAUUGCGAAAAUUUGCCUCAAAUCAACCACAAAUUUUGGAAGGGUUACCGGAGGAAGAUUUGGCGGUAUCUGAAAUCACUUGGGAUCAAGAUCCGGCAAUCAAGGCACUCGGGCUCACUUGGCUGCCUAACUCAGACUGUUUUAGGUUUCAAUUCGACAUUCCAAUGCUCCCCAAAGAUGGACUCACGAAACGGAAGGUUCUCUCGAUCAUUGCUACUCUUUUUGACCCCCUUGGACUUUUGGGUGCCACGAUUACCACGGCAAAAAUAUUCAUGCAGCGCUUGUGGACACUGCGCGACUCGGAAGGGGAACGGUUGGAUUGGGAUGUCUUACUUCCCCCAGGAGUGAUCGAGGAAUGGGCUCAAUAUCAUCGACAUCUACCUGCAUUAAAUGAGAUACGAGUUCCACGAUGCGUUGUCACUUCGAAAGCAGCCCGAACGGAGCUCCAUUGCUUCUCCGAUGCCUCCGAGAAGGCCUAUGGCGGCUGUUUAUACUUACGGAAUACGGAUAGGGAUGGAAAUGUAACGGUCAAUCUUCUAUCAUCGAAAUCGAAAGUGGCGCCUUUGAAGACCCAAUCCUUACCUCGGCUGGAAUUGUGUGGAGCAUUGAUUACAGCAGAGUUAGCAAAAAAGGUCCUCGAAGCGAUAGGAAAGGUCGAUAACGUUCACUUCUGGUCAGAUUCUACGUGCACUCUUCGAUGGCUCGAAUCUCCCCCUGCUACAUGGACAACAUUUGUAGCAAAUCGCGUGGCCAAAAUUCAGGGAAUUUCGGAUGGUUACAUUUGGAAUCAUGUUCCAGGAAAACAAAACCCUGCUGACUUAAUUUCCCGGGGAAUCAAUCCAGACAAUCUCCUUUCAAAUAAAUUAUGGUGGGAAGGUCCAGAGUGGCUUAAAUCAACUCCGGAGCAUUGGCCAAAACUAGAAUCCACUAAACUUCCUGAGGAGCCUGGGGAAUUACGGAACGUUCAUAUUUCUACGGAAAAUCAUUCAUUUAUCAACGACUUUAUUUUAAAAUAUUCGACCUAUUCGAAACUUAUUCGUGCAACAGUCUACUGGCUACGACUAAUUGAAUCAUGUUGUCAACCGAAGGAGAACAUGCAACGGGAACUUCUUUCAGUCCAAGAGCUACAGGAUGCAGAAAUGAUUAUUAUUAAAAAGAUCCAGAAUGAAUCAUUCCACGAAGAGCUGAAGCAGUUACGACUAUCGAAACCGGUCCCUCGAAGCUCUCCAUUGCGGUGGUUUAAUCCCAAGGUCACUCCCGACGGAAUUCUUCGAAUUGGCGGCAGGUUAUCACACUCGGACGAGUCCUUUGACGCGAUGCAUCCUAUGGUUCUCCCGGCUAAACACCCCUUCACGGAAAUGUUGUUUGCACAUCAUCACGAAGCCUUAUUGCAUGCAGGCCCACAACUUCUACUGAGCACUAUUCGCCAACGGUAUUGGCCACUUGGUGGAAGGCAUGUUGUCAGGAAGGUAGUCCACAAAUGUCAGCGAUGUUUCCGAGCUAGGCCUCAAAUUCUCCAGCAGCAGAUGGGAGAUCUCCCGAGGUCCAGAGUUAUCGUUUCAAGACCUUUCACAAAAUGCGGCGUGGAUUAUUUUGGUCCGGUAUUCCUAAAGGCUGGACGUCGAAAUGCAGCUAUCAAAACUUACGUCGCAGUUUUUGUGUGUAUGACCACAAAGGCGGUCCAUCUCGAACUGGUCGGUGAUCUCUCAACUGAGAGAUUUCUACAAGCGUUGCGGCGAAUGAUAGGCAGGCGAGGCAAGGUUUCGGAUAUGUUCUCCGACAAUGGUACGAAUUUUGUUGGGGCGAGAAACCAGUUACGAGAACUAUUUGCCCAGCUGAAAAAUAAGCAACACAACGAGACGGUUUCGAAGGUAUUGGCAGCGGAUGGAGUGCAAUGGCAUUUUAACCCUCCAAGCGCCCCGCAUUUUGGGGGUUUGUGGGAAGCCGCGGUUCGAUCCGCAAAGUAUCACAUUUUGCGUGUUGUAGGUGGAAAUGCGAUGGAUCGAGAAGAUUUUGAAACUUUAUUGAUACAAGUAGAAGCAUGUUUGAAUUCUCGGCCUUUAACUGCCAUGUCAGAUGAUCCAACAGAAUUAGAACCUUUAACACCAGGGCAUUUUAUAGCAGGCGGGCCGCUUCAAUCACUACCAGAACCAGAAUAUGGACAGGUGCAAUUGAAUAGGUUGAGUAGGUGGCAAUUGGUACAACGGAGAGUUCAGGAUAUUUGGAAACGAUGGAGGUUGGAGUACUUGUCACAGCUGCAGAGUAGAACGAAGAAUUGGAGUUCACCAGAAAAAAUAAUCGUUGGAAAAUUGGUCAUAGUGGUUGACGAAAAUCAGCCACCGAUGCGGUGGAAAAUGGCUAGGAUAGAGGAGUUACACCCAGGAGAUGAUGGCGUGGUGCGAGUUGUAACCGUCAAAACAGCAAAUGGAUCCUUGAAGCGACCGGUUGUAAAAUUGUGCCUAUUGCCAUCACCAGUAGAAGCAGAUGCGGAAUUAGUCGAGAAUCAAGAGUCUCGCCAAUAA